AUGACAGAAACUCAAUUAAAGACUGAGGGAGAGGUAAAUAAUGUUCAUUCACCGUCCGUGAUAUUUACGCCUAACGAUUUGGAGAGAAAGAGUUCGACCAUUUCGAAUACUUCGUCAAUAUCGACGCAGGAGGAUUCAUUGAACGACCAAGUAAGUUUAGCUAUAGAAAAUGCUCAGAGAACCUUGAAUACCUUAAAUGCGUUACAAUCUACAGCGGAGAUACCUGCUUCGAAUCACAAAGGGGAUACGGGUUCUGAUGAUACGAAAAAUGGUACCGCAGAUGAGAAAGACAAAGAUGUAAACAAUGACAUUAUUACCUCAUUACGGCAUUUAAUGACAGCGUUAACCAAAUCACAAGAACGGGCCAAACAAUUGACGUUGAAGAAUAUGUUUCUAGUACAAAAUCUCAACGAACUUCAGAGCGGGUUCCAAGUGGAACAAAAUCUCGCCAAGCAACAAUUUGAAAGUAUGAAAUACAAUUUGAUGGUACAAAAGACAGACCUACAGAGACAGUUAGAGGGUACUUCGGUCAAGAUCACAAAAUACAGAGAAACGAUCAUGUCGAAAAACAAAGAAAUCAACAGACUUUCCAGAUUAUUGAACCAAAGCCAAGUCUAUAAUCCUCGCCUCUCUAGACCAACUUCCGUGCCAUCUGCAUCGGUCAGGAAGCCAUUUAUUUCAAGACAGUUACACUCGUCGGAUUCCAACAUGUUAAACACAUUAGGAAUACUUGCUACAAAGGUUCUUAAAGAGGAACAAAAUCCGGAAAAUGGAAGCAUUCAUGGGUCGACACUCCAACAUUCUCCAAUUGAAGACAAGCCAGAGAAUCUUGAUAAUACCGAAUCUGACAUCUCUCAUGAUAGUACUCAGCUUGUGAAUCAUAGCCAGCAGUUUAAUAAUGGACUUAGUCCCUCAACAGCAAACAUGGUGACUCCAGCCGCAUCAGUUCCAGCAGCGCAGCAUUUACCAAGUCUGAGUACGGUAUCAGAGGUGACACCUGAUUCACAUUUGAUUAGGAUCAACAGCAGUUCAAAUCAGAAAAUAGAGCGUCCUGAACUGCCUAUAUUGCAUCUCAAUAGGCCAUCGCUUCCGAAAGGUGCGGCACUACCAAAAUUACGGAGUUUUAAUACAGCAGAUGGGACUGUAAAGGAUGUCUUGUAA